AUGCCCCAGCGUCCGGUCGGUGUGCGCGAUGUCUUCAACUUCCGGCAAGCGAUCCCUCGCAUGAGCUGGAGCCCGAAGAACCUGUACAACAUGUGGCGCCGAACCGCCCCGCAGGGCGAUCUGUACGCCCGGACGGGGCAUGACGGCCAGCUCCACGGCGCCAAGCUGUACCAGGAGCGUUGGAACGCGAAGCGCCUCACGAAGGGUUACCACGCGGACCACCUGCCGUCGAAGAAGUUCGGACGUUGGUACCUCCCGCAGGCUCUGCCUGUCAUGCGACACAAUUCGGCCAAGAGCGACAAGAGGCAGAACGACCUGAGCAAGUGGGUCGAGGGCCGCGAGGCCGCCGGCGGACGAACGGAAAUGAACAAGCGUCUCGCGCAGCUGCAGAAGGACGGUCUGUCUCCCGUCGGAACCAUGAUGUUCGCCGAGACUGAGCGCCGUCUCGACGUCCUCAUCUUCCGCGCGUGCUUUGCCCGCUCUGUCUGGGCUGCCCGCUCUUACGUCGUCCAGGGUCACGUUAGGCUGAACGGAAAGCUUUGCCGUAACCCGAACACGCUCCUGAACCCCGGAGACAUCUUCACGGUCGACCCGGCGAUGAUCCCGUUCAUCAACCCGCGUGCGCCGAAGGAGGGCGAGGCCGCUGAGAAGGCCGAGGAGGAUGCCGACGAGGCUCUGGCGAACAGCGAGAACAGCGACGAGCCCGCCGCGGAGGCUGCCGAGUCUGCGGCCGCCGAGUCCGCCGAGUCCGCCGAGACGGAGGGUGAGGGCGAGAAGAAGGAGAAGAAGGGCAAGAAGGACGAGAAGGCUGAGAAGGUGCACGCCCCGGGAGAGUACUUCAAGCUGCCGGACUAUGCGCAGCCCUUCAUCUUCGUCCCCGCGUACCUGCUCCCGUCGUACCUGACGUGCUCGGCGGUGUAUGUCCGCCACCCCACUGCGCGUGCGGCGUACUCGGAGAUCCCGUCGCCCUACGACGCCGCCGGGCCGCUCAUGUCCAUGACUUGGGAGUGGUACCAGAAGGUUGCGCCGCGCAUGCGCCCCGCUCGUCGCGCACGCCUCCUCGGUCCCGAGCGCAAGAACGACCGCAAGUAG